AUUCUCAUUUCUAGGUCUCUGUUUUAUUGUUCGUGUUCAAGACUCUCGGAUUGCAUGGAACAGUUUCCAUGAUCUGGAGGUGCUGCUUGUUCUGAUUACUUUCUAUCGCACCUUAAUUCCACAACACAUCCAUGCCAGCGUGUCAUCAAGACAUUUUCUUCCACUAUGACAAGAUGUCCAACAAGCCCAGAUCGCUCAAUCUGGCUUCAUGAUCCUGUCAAUCUCGACUGUCGUCUUGGCUUCCUCCCGGACAUCUGAGCCUUUGUUGUUGUUUCCAAAUUAUUAUUUUGUCUCGUCACACAUACGAGAACCCGGCUUCCGGAAAAAACACCAAAAUUUGCUACGAAGUCCUUCUCUUCUCCGUAUCAUUGUAGCCACUAUCAUCAUCAUACAGCACGUCAGCCAUAAAAAAGCUUAUUCUUUCCCAUCUACUGCGACCCUUUUGUCAGAACCCUUUUGCCGGGGCUAUCCAAUCCCCACUACACAUCCAUCUGCACCCAGCACACUCAUCACCCUCUGCACCCUUCUCACCCGUCCUAAAACCCUUCUUCCUACCCUCCCCUACCAAACAACUCCCGCUAUAAUGACCUUAUCUUCAUCCAUCUUCCUUCCCUCCCUUCCGCGAUCCUUAGAUCUACGAUCUAUGGAACGGGAGACAAGUCACAGCUGGCGAUGACUGAUUUGCUGCAGGCGCGAGUUUGGUGAUCACUACACUGGGGAAAGGUUAGGAGUGUGCGUGCAGGUAGGAAGGGAGAGAGGGAGGAAGAAACGCACCGAGCGAGGGGAAGGAGGAGAGAUGCUGUGAUGAGGAGGAGCAUUGGUUUGGGGAUUCGGAUGCGCUUUUGUUUCAACUAAGAAAGAGCAGAAUCAAGAAGAAACAGAGA